CUCUCUUCUCGAGUGGAGGGUCCCAGCAGAGGCGGGACACGUCCCAGCACGGCGUAAAGGGUGCGCGGCAUCCUGGGAUAUGUAGUCGGCCUGGGACCAGAGCGCCCCCUCGAAUGAAUGGGGUCGGGGCUGACAGUGAACUACAGCUCCUCUGGCCGGGAGCGUUGGUGGCGGCGCCGGGGAAGAGCGGCGCUCCGGGAAGGAACGAAGUUGUGUGCCACCGCCGAGGUAGUGGUCUAGGCGGGCGCUUCCUCCCCGCGCGCGCUCCCCUUCCCCGCGCCCGCCAUGCGCCCGCUCUUCGCGGUGGGCCUGGUGUUCGCCGGCUGCUGCAGUAACGUGAUCUUCCUGGAGCUCCUGGUCAGGAAGCAUCCAGGAUGCGGGAACAUUGUGACAUUUGCACAGUUUUUAUUUAUUGCUGUGGAAGGCUUCCUCUUUGAAGCCAAGUUGGGGAGGAAGCAGCCAGCUAUCCCAAUAAGAUACUAUGCCGUCAUGGUGACCAUGUUCUUCACGGUCAGCGUGGUGAACAACUAUGCCCUGAACCUCAACAUCGCCAUGCCCCUGCACAUGAUCUUUAGAUCCGGCUCUCUAAUAGCCAACAUGAUUCUAGGGAUUAUCAUUUUGAAGAAAAGAUACAGUAUAUUCAAAUAUGCUUCCAUUGCCCUGGUUUCUGUGGGGAUAUUUAUUUGCACUUCCAUGUCAGCAAAGCAGGUGACUUCCCAGUCCAGCUUGAGUGAGAAUGAAGGAUUCCAGGCAUUUACAUGGUGGUUACUAGGUAUUGGGGCACUGACGUUCGCGCUCCUGAUGUCUGCGAGGAUGGGCAUCUUCCAGGAGACUCUAUACAAACAGUUUGGGAAACAUUCCAAGGAGGCUUUGUUUUAUAAUCAUGCCCUCCCGCUGCCUGGAUUCAUCUUCUUGGCUUCUGACAUUUAUGACCAUGCAGCUCUUUUCAAUAAGUCUGAACCCUUUCACUGUGUGGCACUGGCUGGGCACCUUGUUUGUCUUCAUUGGGACCCUCAUGUACACAGAGGUGUGGAACAACCUGGGGAUCACAAGAAGCCAGCCUCAGAAGGACAAGAAGAACUGAGGCCUGCCUGGGAGACCAGGGUCUGGCUAAGGUCUGGCUGCCAUUUCUCCUUUGUUAAUGAGAAUUACCCCAGCACUGAACCACCACGUACCAGAGACUCCUCAGAGGAGGGGGCUUUACAGACCAACAUGUGUAGACUCUGAACAGAAACCUCUCAACCCUGAAUUAGAAAAAGAAUAGUUGUCUACUAUUGAACAACCAUUUGUUUACCAAAAUAUACAGUACUGUACUUGUUUAUUGAGUCCCAGAGCUACUCGUUUUAUAUCCAUGGUCUUGCACAAGACUAUCCAUUUUGUUGUUGUUUUGAUGAUUCUCUGCCAUAACAACCAUUAUCUCGUGUCCUCAUGCUUUGGUCUGUCACCUUCCACUUUUCAGUCAGCCAGAUGUUCCUGGCAUCAUCGUCAGGAACAACUGAGUGACCAAGUGAAGUGAGACACUGGUGACACGGCUGGACUUCCCCCAGCGUGUUGGGAACGAGGCAGUGGUCUCUGAGCUGAGCCCUGGUGACAAUGGAGCAGGGCUGGUGGGAACCCUUUGCACGUGUGCAGGUUAAGUCUUUGAAAGGCUUCUUAAGCAAAAAGGUUGAACUCUGCCUGGCGAUUCUGAUAGAAUCAUAGGCUGGGAGUAAAGUAUGGUGUAUAAAUUCAGGUCAAAUCACAACUAAAAUGGAAAUUUUUUCUUAUU